CGCACUAUCCGUACUCACGUCUUUGCGAUGUGUGUUCUGCAACAUGGCAGCGAUCAGGGGAAAGGUGGCACAGAGUUGUCUGACAACAUGUUUCUUAAGACAGACGGGCAUCGGCAGUAUCAGCACUUUUCCACUCCUUGCGACACGGGGCGAGACUCCUGCUAUACAGACGUCUCAUCUGCACACAUAUAGAGGAAGUAGGAGUCCUCUGGUCAGGGCGAUCCUGGGGCGACACAAGGAUGGACAACUGCUAUUGGUCAGCUCGCUGUCGGUUAGACACAACAGUACACAGACAUCAGGCAAUGUUCAAGGCGCUGUCUCAGACACCACCACAACAGCUGCAGCGGCUGUUGACCCUGCCUCCUUCAUCGCCCAACCAAUCACAGAGCAGUUGGCUGAAGUUGCCCCCACGGUAGUGGACGUGCUGCAAGGGGUGGGAGCCGAGGUCAGGCUGACCGAGCUGGGAUUGGGCGCCCACACACCAGUGGGGCUGGUCCAGAACCUCCUGGAGUACAUGCACUUGGACCUGGGGCUGCCCUGGUGGGGGGCCAUUGUCAUAGGGACAGUGAUGGCCCGCUGCCUCGUGUUCCCGGUCAUCGUGAAGGGCCAGAGGGAGGCUGCCAAACUCAACAACGUGAUGCCGGAGAUGACCAAACUCACCAACCGCAUGAACGAGGCCAAGCAGAGCGGGAACAAGUUCGACUUUGCAAAGGCAUACUCCGAAAUGAUGCUCUUCCAGAAGAAGUACGAUGUGAAUCCACUUAGGGGCUUCCUAGUGCCUCUCGUGCAGAUGCCCGUGUUCAUCUCCUUCUUCAUCGCCCUCCGAAAGAUGUCCUACCUCCCAGUUCCCAGCAUGCAGACCGGCGGGGCGCUGUGGUUCCCUGACCUGACUAUGGCAGAUCCCUACUACAUCCUGCCACUGGCCGUCACGGGCACCAUGUUCGCCAUCCUGGAGCUAGGGGCAGAGUCUGGUGUGGACAACCCCAACCUGCGGGCGAUGAAGACUGUGCUGAGAGUCAUGCCUUUCUUCAUCCUGCCGCUAACCAUUAACUUCCCCACGGCGGUGUUUACGUACUGGAUGACGUCCAACCUGUUCUCGCUCGGCCAGGUGGCGCUGCUGAGGCACCCGGUGGUACGGGACAAGCUCUGCAUCCCCGAGAGGAUCGUCCACCCGCCCUCUGCCAUGCCCGCCCAGGAAGGCUUAUUUGACACCAUCAAGAAAGGUUGGAAGAACGCUCAGAUUGCACAGCAGCUGGAGGAGAGGGAGAGGAGGAUAAAAGGACACCUGGACAUCGCCGCUAAAGGACCACUGAGGCAGACGUUCACCGACAAUCCUUUGCAGCAGACGGCGCCUGUUUCGACCUUGCCAAAGGCGUCCGACAGCAAGGCUGGAAAGAAGCGGCCAUGGGAAGACACUAUAGGCUGAGGGGAGGGUCAUAGAGAGGUCUGGGCAGAAAUUAUUGGUUGAAUGGAGGCUUACAAGUAAGCUUGGAAGGAUGUGAUUGGUUGAUACCAAGGUGACAGACAGGAGAAUACCUCCUCCACUGUGUACAUAUUUAUUGUGUUGAAGUGUGCGAGACGUAGAGGAGUGUUUUUGUUUAGGGGAAGUGGGAGCAUUGUACUUGUAUUAUAAUCAAUAAAGAGCACAUUGGAUGCCUUGA